AUGAAAGUUAGGAAAACGUUUGUACUAAUCAUUGGAGGCGGUCCUACGGGUAUCACAACAGGGAUAUAUUUUCAGAAGCAUAAAAUACCACACAUACUAAUUGAGAAAGAUAAACACAUCGAAAAGGUGCCCAGGGCUCAUUAUUAUAAUAAUCAAACUAUGGAAGCAUGGAGGAGUAUUUUUCAUUUAGAUAAAUGUUUUCUUAACGAAACAGAAGAUGUAAAUUUAUGGAAAUCCUUUCAAUAUUGUUUAAGUAUCAUGAAGGAUAAAACAAUAUGUAAGUAUGACAAUUUUAUGAACAAGUACAUGUAUAAAAAUACAUAUUAUGAGGACAUAAGUCCAUCCAAAGUUAUCCACUUAUCUCAGUAUAAAGUUUUAGGUAUUCUAUAUUCCUAUUACUUGAAUAAAAUAAAACAUGAUCAUAUUAAAAAGCGGGAAUUUUUAAAAAACAUAAGGCUAAAGCUCUCAACCCAUCGAAUUUUGAAAUAUAUUCACAGAAACAGCGAAUUGCACCAAGUGCAAAAUGGGGCAGAAGGCAUAGAUCAAGUAGCAGAAAUAGAAGUAGACAGAGAAGCAGGUGCAGAAGCAGAUGGAGAAGCAGAUGGAGAAGAGCUUUUUAAAAAAUAUUUUGCAUAUGAUCAAUCUGAAUUCCUAAUAGGUUACGAAUUUGUAGAUUUCUGGAACAGCAGGGAGCUGACAAAUUCCUGCUUUUUCAAGGAUGAGAAUGGGAAGAUGGAUAUAUGGAAAUCUGAAGGGGAAAAAUAUUCCCCACAAGAAAAAAGUACUUAUGGGGGAAUCAGUUAUGAUAGCGUAGAUUAUUGUGGCCAGGAAAAUAUCACUAAUAUGACGAAUGCUGUGGGAGAUGAAUUCACAGACUAUGCAAGAAGUGCAAUGGGAGAGAGGUACAGAGAUGACCCCAUCAAUGCUGUGAUAACUCAGAUUAGAAACGUGCACAGUAAGGAAGAAGAAAUAAUUCUUAGCAAUUACGUCUUUGUUUGUGAAGGGGGAAAAAGUUGCAUAAAAAAGAACUUACAGAUAAAUGACGAAAACAAGAAAGAUUACAUGAAAUUUAUAAAUAUCCAUUUUCAAUCUACACGAUUAAGCAAUUUAAUAAGGUACAACCCAUCCAUGCUAUACUUCAUAUUUAAUGAAUAUCUUGGAGUAUUAGUGUGUCAUAGUUACAAAUAUGGAGAUUUCGUUUUACACAUUCCUUACAUUACAAAUAAGGAAGUUGAAAUAUACAGUGACAAAUGUAAAUGCGUAGAAAUUAUAAACAAGUUGAUUGAUUUCCCAUUGCCGGAUAUGUCUAUACAUAAUGUUUAUAAGUGGACUAUGCAUAGUUCUAUUGCCUCUACAUUUAUCGACAAGAAGACAAAAAGAAUUGUUUUAUUGGGAGAUUCAGCACAUAAAUUACCUCCUUCUGGAGGCUUUGGCUUAAAUCUAGGGGUUGGUGAUGCCAUAAAUAUAAUGUGGAAAACUAUCCGAAUUUAUAAUUUAAAGAAAAAAAAAUUUCUUGAAAAUAUGCAAGAAUUGAAAAAAAUGAGCAAUAGUGCUUAUAACACAUCUGAUUAUAAAUCUUCCCUCAUAAUUGAAAUAAAAAAAUUAAAUUAUUUUUACAACAUGUUGAGCAUUUCUGAAAAAAAAAAAAUAGAGAAUUACAUUGAAUCUUAUAACAUUGAGAGAAAAUUGGUAGCUAAUUUCACCAUAUAUCAUGCAGUCCAAAAUUAUGAAAAAGGAAAUAACAUACCAUGUCUUAUAGGAUAUAAUUACAAUUUUUUUGUAAAAUUUAUUACUCUAUUUAAUCUCAGUUGUGUUCAGAAUUCUCUUCUGUUUUAUUAUUUAUCAGCAAAUGUUAAAUAUAUUUUAAAAUUUUUUAAUAACCUUCCUUAUAUUUUUGAAUGCAAUCAAAAGAGAGCACAAAAAUUUAUUCAAAAUAAUCGGGAAAAUAUUCUAUCUUUGUUAUACCCAGGUGUGGAUUUUUGCUAUUCAUAUAUAAAUACCAUGUGUCAUAUUGGGAUGGAGGAAAAUCAACAAUCCCAUAUUUUGGCCAAUCAAAAGCAUAAGCACCAAUCUGAUUAUGGUGGGAAAAAUGAAAUCCCACACCUUGCAAAUAUUAAAAAGGAAGAAGAAGAAGAUAAUAUUCAUGUAGAAGGAGAAAAAACAAAAGUCGAAGAUAUUCAGAAUAUCAUGAGAGAAACGAAAAAGAGGGAAACGUAUAAUUACAAGCUAGAUAAGCAUCAUAAAAGUAGCAGAGAAGGAGUGGAUUUAUUGAAUUACUGGAGUGAAAAUAGACAAAAUGAAGAAAAGAUCGAAAAUAAGAAUGGUAAUUAUGAAGGAAACAAUAAUGUAGACCACAUAAAUGAAAAGUAUUACAUGCAUCCAAAGUACAACAUUUUUGAAAAACAGAAUGAAAAAAUUGCUAGAUUAAAAAUUUGUAAAAAUAUAUAUGAAUACCAAAUGAGUAACAUAAAUGGAGCAAAAAUUCCACAUUUUAAUCUUUAUACAUUUGAUGAAAAAGAUAUUUAUAAAAUAUCAACUAUUGAUUUACCUAUACUUAAUAACCCAUCUCUAUCAAUUUUAAUUAUUCUAUUUAAUAAUACAAUCCUAAAUGAUAUUGUCGCUUUUAUGAUUGAACAAAAUAUUCCAAGGGAUAAAUUUUCCUUCUGUAUAUGGGACACAGAUGUUAUAAUAUACAAAAAUAAGGAAAAUCAAUCCAUUGAUAUUUUAAAUCAAAGUGAUGCUACACUAAUACAUCAAUCUAACAACAUUGAUAAUAGUAUACGUAUAAAUGAUUAUGUCCUGUUUAAAAAGAGCAAACAUUAUUUUAUAGGAAAUGCUGCAAAUAUAAAACGUAUACAUAUGGAUGUAAAAAAUUAUAACAUUACUUAUGUAUUUACUUCAAAAAUAAUACAGGAUAUGUUUUUAGAUAUUCUUUCACUAAAAUCAGAUAAAUCAUUUGUAAUUUUAAGACCCGAUAGGCAUAUUAUAGCGCAUGGACAAAACAACUGGAAGGACAAUAUAAGGGAUAUAAAUAAAGUGUACAUUUAA